AUGUCCAACAUCGACUACCUGCUCCACGAGUCCUCGGUGGGAUACGCCAUCUUCUCCGUGCGCCUGCAGAGCGACACAAUCGGAUCCCGCCUGAAGGAGGUCCAAGAUGCGCACGCCGACCUUGCGCGCUUCGGGAAGAUGGUGCAGUUGGUCUCCUUCGCACCCUUCCAAGGCGCCGCCCAAGCGCUUGAAAACGCCAACGAUGUCUCAGAGGGUAUCAUGAGCGAGUAUCUGCAGACUGUGCUGGAGUCCAAUCUACCGAAAGGAGGGAAGAAGGAGAAGAACAAGGUGGUUCUAGGAGUUGGCGACAGAGGUCUGGCUGGAAGCGUCAAAGCUGGAUUUGCCGGCGUGGAGUGUGAGACGCCCGACACCAGCGAGCUCUGCGGCGAUCUGCUGCGUGGGUUGAGGCUGCAUGCGGAGAAGUUGAUGAAGAGUCUACAAACCGGCGACAUCAGCCGCGCGCAGCUGGGUCUCGGCCACGCUUACAGCAGAGCCAAGGUCAAGUUUUCCGUCCAGAAGAACGACAACCACAUCAUCCAGGCUAUUGCGACGAUCGACCAUCUCGACAAAGCCGUCAACACCUUCUCCAUGCGUGUGCGAGAAUGGUACGGCUGGCACUUCCCUGAACUCAUCAAGAUCGUCUCUGAAAACCACAAAUACGCUCGCUGUGCCCUGUUCAUCGGUGACAAGAAGACCCUCACCGACGAAAGCCUGCACGACCUUGCCAAGAAUGUAGACGACGAUGAGGCUACCGCCCGCGCCGUCAUCGAAGCUGCCCGUGUCUCCAUGGGUCAGGACAUUUCGGAAGAGGACAUGGCCAACGUGAUGAUGUUCGCCAAACGCACCGUCGAGCUGCACAAUUACCGCAAGUCCCUCGGCAACUACCUCACCGCGAAGAUGGGCGUCGUCGCUCCCAACCUGGCUGCCCUCAUCGGCGAGACCGUCGGCGCCCGUCUCAUCUCCCACGCCGGCUCCCUCACCAACCUGGCCAAAUACCCCGCCUCCACCGUCCAGAUCCUCGGAGCCGAGAAGGCCCUCUUCCGCGCUCUGAAGACCAAAGGGAACACGCCCAAGUACGGCCUCAUCUACCACUCCUCCUUCAUUGGUCGCGCAGGCCAGAAGAACAAAGGCCGCAUCUCCCGCUUCCUUGCCAACAAGACCAGCAUCGCCAGCCGCAUCGACAACUUCAGCAUGCAGCCCAGCAGGACUUUCGGCGAAGCCUUGAAAGCACAGGUGGACGAGCGUUUGCGAUUCUAUUCCGAGGGCAUCAACCCGACAAAGAACGCAGAUGCUAUGAAACAAGCCAUGGACGCCACCCUCGCCUCCAUCUCCAUCGCCGACCCCACCUCCCUCCACGCCGACGAGGAAAUGGCCGUCCCCGGCGUCACCGACGAAGCCACGAACAAGGAACUCCGCAAGAAGGCCAAGAAGGCCGAGAAGAAGCGCGCUGCGGAUGCGGAGGGGGAUGUGGAUAUGGCGGACAUCGACGCGGACGCCGGUGCCGUGGACCCGAAGGCGGCGAAGAAAGCAGAGAAGAAGCGCAGGAAGCUCGAGGCGGAGGCGGAGGCGGAGGCGGAGGUGGAUGAGGCGGCGGUGGAGAAGAAGUUGAAGCGAGAGAAGAAGGAGAAGCGGAAGAGUGGGGUGUUGGAUGCGGGGGAGGUGCCUGGGGAGCAGAUUAAGAAGAAGAAGAGUAAAAAGGCGUAG